AUGAUCAUGGAUGCUCCUCCACCCAUCGUCAUUGGCCUCGAUGGCCUCAUCAAGCACUCUCUCCCACGCAUCGCCAAGUUUCGCAGUGCCGCAGCUACCAUGACAAAUUUUGGACGGUUAUCGCCAUUUCUUAAGCGUCUUCAAGUCAGCGUUCUGCUUCUGGGCACCAUCUACCGUAAGAUUUCGCAAUACGAUACGAUGCCGGGAUCCGACAUAUGUGUGGGCAUCUGUCAUGACAGCCUUGCGCAAACUCAAGGCAUGAUGGAAGCUGUGAUGCGAGCAGAUGAUGACAAUGCGUACAAUGUCGGCAGGGGGGUAUUGGUUGAGAGACUGCCUGAAGAGAUUGACUCUUUUAUUACUUCUGUGGAGCUUUUGAGAAGCACAUAUCGGGAAGCGCAAUACGAGUUUAUACUCCAAUCUAUGAAAGAGCUUACCGAACUAAAGCGCGACUACUCUGAUCAUUUGAAGCAGUGCACACACAAUCAAGCAAAACAAGCGAACAUUAAUACUACUAACACAACAAGCGAAGAUGAACGGACCUCGGGCUCGGAUAAUGGAACAAAUCUGACCGAGCCGGAAGUAGCAUCACCGCCUGGUUCCUCAGAGCGAAAAUCUAGGAAAGAAAAGAUGGCACCUGUAGAGGAUGCGGCUAUUGAAACCUCAGUACCGGUACAAUAG